UUCUUCCCCCACCAUACACACACAUAAGAAGAUACUAUAUAUAAAUUUGUGUGUAUGAAUAAACAAGAGCAAAAUUAUAAUUAAGCUAGUAGUUAUAAUGAUGGAGGAAAAUUUGGCAACGACGCUAGGUGGAACGUUGGCUGUGCCAAGUGUUCAAGAACUGGCCACAGACUCACCGGAAAAAGUCCCGGCGCGUUACGUGAGAGAUGAUCAAGAUUUUUCUCCGAUCAAAUCAUCUACUUCUAUUAGUUUCUCUGAUAAUAUCCCAAUCAUCAACAUGGAAAGCUUGCUUCUUGGAGAUGAAAUCGAAUUGAAGAAGCUUGAUUCUGCUUGCAAAGACUGGGGAUUUUUCCAGCUGAUAAAUCACGGAGUGAGUGGUUCAUUAGUUGAGAAAGUGAAGAAGGACACUCAAGAUUUCUUCAACCUCCCAAUGGACGAAAAGAAAAUGUGGAAGCAAGUGGAUGGAGAUUUGGAUGGUUUUGGACAAGCUUUUGUUGUUUCUGAGGAGCAAAAACUUGACUGGGCUGAUCUCUUCUUCUUGACAACCCUCCCUCCUUUUUUGAGAAAACAACAUAUGUUCCCCCGUCUCCCUCUACCAUUCAGAGAAACGGUGGAACUAUAUGCAGCUGAAUUGAAAACAUUGGCUUUAAAGAUAAUUAACUUUAUUGCGAAAGCAUUGAAUAUAGAUGAAGAAUACAUGAGUGAAUUGUUUGGAGAAGGGAUGCAAGCGAUGAGGAUGAACUACUAUCCACCCUGUCCCGAGCCAGAGAAAGUGAUCGGUCUUUCUCCUCAUUCAGAUGGUGUUGGCCUCACAAUUCUCCUUCAACUUAACCAAAUGGAAGGACUUCAGAUCAAGAAAGAUGGCAUGUGGAUUCCUAUUAGUCCUCUUCCUAAUGCCUUCAUUAUCAACAUUGGUGAUAUCUUAGAGAUAGUGACUAAUGGAACCUACCGUAGCAUUGAGCAUAGAGCAACCGUUAAUAACGAGAAGGAGAGACUCUCAAUUGCAACAUUUUACAACCCUAAACUUGAUGGACUAAUUGGUCCUGCUCCAAGUAUCAUUUCCUCUGAAAAUCCGGCAAAGUUCAAAAAUAUUGGAGCUGCAGAUUAUUUCAGAGGUUUAUUUGCUCGUAAGCUUGAUAAGAAAUCGUACUUGGAUGUUAUGAGAAUUGAAAAUUAUGAGAAUCCAGCAAGUUGAAACUCCUUAAUAUCCCUAUAUUUGUAUUAUAUUUAAGUUAUUAUCCUAAAUUAAUAAAUAUACUUUUAGACUA